AUGAAGCUGAACACCUGUCUCCCAGCUACUCGCUGCCAGAAUCUCCUUAAAGUGGAUGAUGAAUGCAAAACUUGUACCGUUUCUGAGAAGGGCAUACCCACAGAAGUUGCUGCUGAUGUUCUGGGUAAAGAAUGGAAGGGUUACUUGGUCCAAAUCAGUGGUGGCAAUGACAACCAAGGCUUCCCCAUGAAGCAGGGUGUCUUGGCCCAUGGCCAUGUCUACCUGCUGCUCAUUAAGGGUCAUUCCUGCUACAGACCAAGAAGGACUGGGGAAAAAGAGCACAAAUCUAUUUGAGGUUGCAUUGUGGGUGCCAGUCUCAGUGUUGUCAACUUGGUCAUUGUAACAAAAGGGGAGAAGGAUAUUCCUGGACUCACUGAUACCACUGUGCCUCAUCACCUGGGACCCAAAAG